UUAAGUAUUGAGCCCGUGAGGAUUACCGCUGCCAAUCCAAGAUGGCGUCUCCUCGAAGUCCACGAAGUCCUACAAGCUCUUCUUCUUCGCCACGUCAAGACAGCUCAAAAUCUUCUCAAUCAAUUUCUUGGGAUGCUGAGAUCGAUGUUAAUACUCUCUUUGUCGAGCAUUCUAUCGAGGAAAUUCGAGCUUUAGAAAAAAAAACAAGGGGAGACAUAGAGAAGAAGAAAGAGGAACUACGUCUUAUGGUCGGGGAGAGGUACAGAGACCUGAUUGAUGCAGCAGAUACAAUAACUGAAAUGAAAGAUUAUACUAAAAAGAUCACAACAUCGGUCGGAGACAUUCAGAAACAGUGUAAAGAGCUACAUCAGUCACAUAGAUGCUAUGGAGUGGGAGGAAGCCCUUCUGUCAAACCAACAUCAGGAUCACCUCACUCCAAGAAUGGUUUCUAUUCUCUUGCUGCUCAGAUGAAACUUCUAGUUGAUACACCAGAGAAGAUUUGGAGUGCACUUGAGAGACAACAGUAUCUGAAAGCAACACAGUUGUAUCUUCUGUCGCAUCACAUUGUAAGCAUUCUGCACCUGAACUCUGGAAGUGGUGCUGCACCAAGAGUUUUAUCAUCAUUUCCAAUACUUCAAAGACAAUGGGCAGCUAUAAGUCACUUCAAAGACUCUAUUAUCCAGGGAAGUCGAGCUCUUCUUAAAGAUGCUACGCAAACAGACGAGAUGACUGCCGAAGCUCUUUGUUCAAUUCUACUGCUUGAGGAAAGUUCACCUAGACAAGUGUUUUCUGAGUUUCUUCUGGCAAGAAAAUCAUCCCUUCAGGAAAUAUUUCAUCCAAGUCAACAUUCUACGAGCAUCAAGUCUCAAGUUUGUGAACUAAUAAGAGUAAUGAGGACAAGCUUGUAUCAAAUACACAGUAUUUUUAUAUGUGAUGUGGAAAAUACAGAGGAAAUCCAUGAUGUUAAAGACAAUCCAGCAAUGUUGUUUCAAACUCUGAAUCGUGUUACGAAACGGGACAAAUCAGAUCCAAACAUUGAUGAAGAAGUGCUAGAGGCUUUAUUUGGUCCAGACUUUGACUUGGUAACAAGUGCACGGUACCUUCCAAAGACUGUUCUAGAAUACAGGCCACACAUAAGAGCAUUUCCAGCUACUAUUCCAUUGCCCAAUAUUCAAGGAAACUGUGAGGAAUGGAUUGGAAUGUGUUUGAAAGACAUCUCAAGUGGUGUUGGCAAACUUCUCACCUACGUAGGCACCUUGAAGGGACUUGCAUCCAUGAGAGAUGCCAUCUGGGAGCUCCUCAAAGAGUGUGAUUCAAAUGCUCAGUUUACUCAGGAUAAUGAAGUAGUAGAGUUAGAAUGGAAUCAACUGUGCACCAAAGUUAUCAACCAUGAGUUAUCGCUGUGGGACAAGUUUAUGAGACCGUUAUUUGUUAACCGUGCAAAGGCCAUACUGAGUGGACUAUUAGAUGCUACUGUUGUGUCCUGUCAAAACAUGAUCAUCCAAUCACAAGAUGACCUGUCAGUCGACAUUGCUCAAGACACCAAUGCAUUAUGGGAACGAGACAUAUCUCGAUAUGUUUGGCACGAAAGCGUCAAUGACGUACCUCUUGCGUCGUUAUGGGGCAACCAAUCAGGGGAUACUAAGAAGCAGUCUUUGGACGGUGAUGGGCUGGCGUUGAAAGCUCGUGGGUGUACCCCAGCAGUUCAAAGACUUUGUGUCUGCAUAAAUGAGAAGCUCCAAGCCACAUCAGAUGAUGCCCAACAUUUCAUAUCUAAGAUCAAAGACACUCAGUCGUCUGAGAAGUCUCGCGUAUCCAUCAGUGGACGAGCUGAGGAACUGGGGAUUAUAGUCGGACAGACAGACAAGAUUGAUGAGAAGGGACCGUUUGAUCGAUUCUCGGAUGCCAAGGAGAUACAGACCUUUUUACAGGAUACUUGUUUUGAUGCUUUUAAUAGACUGCUAAAUAAUGUAGACAAAUCUCUGACUGAUCACAAAAAGAAGCUUGAAUCUUGUCCUUCUAUCUACGAUACAACAAGCAUUGACAGGGUGCUCUUUGUUGGUCGUCUUUGUCAUUGUAUGGUCGAACAGUGCCCACAACUAAAGAUAGUCAUGCGAGGAGCUGAACCGGAAGAAAAACCCAAUGCACGUCAGUCAACACCCAGAUUAUCAAGACAAUCCAGUCUCUCAAAAAGAAAGACUGAACAGACAAACGAUACCAAGUUAAAGGAGUUGGCAGCACUAAUUAAAAACAGAUAUUACUCCGCGUUCAGGCUAUGGAAAGACUGGGUGUGCGAUAUUUUCGUAAAAUCAUAUGAAGACUCCUUGCUUAAAGGUGGCACAGAGGCUGCGCUGUUUUCAAUGACGAGCUGGGAAGAACUGAAAAUCCAAGAGGAAUCAGAAACCGGCGAGAAAGUACAAUCAACUAUUCGUGUCCCUAUGCAGGUAUCGUCUUUCGUCACGUCUUUACUCUUCAGUCUUUGUCAGGAACUUAAUCGAAUCGGAGCACACGCACUAGACAGAAAAAUAUUACAAGAGCUAGUCGACACAUUAUCCGAUAACAUUUUGCACCUUUACGAAAAGCUCGUGGAGGAGAGUGAAACCAGUUUGCCUCAAAACCGAUCUCUUCAGUGCCUGUUCGACUUUAAAUUUAUCUCUGCAAUUUUCGCGGGAAGAUCCGAUGAGCCUAUCCAGGAAUCGACUGAAAGCUUCUCUGUUCGCCGUGAAGCUGUUAUUGAUUCACUAGAAGGAGUUGUGGAUCCUUUUGAUCUAGAUGUAUUUUCUCCUUAUCUGGCAGCGAAUUUAAACAGACAGCUUCAACGAUGUGGGGUUCUAUUUGGUGUAUUAGUGAGUCUAGACAAACAUUCCAAUCAUUCCUUUGGAGUGACGUCACGACCGUCUGGCUCGCAAGAUCAACACAAUAUCAUGCCUCUAGCGCCCAACCCUCCACGGUUUACUCUGCUUCCUCUGAGUUCGCAUCAGAGUUCUUUAUAUGGCCUGUCAAGUGGUACUAGACUCAGCGAACCAAAAAAGUCAAGCAAAUCUCAGAUGGGACAACAUUCGUCACUUCUUGGCAGUACAGCAUUUUCAAGACACGAUCAAUUCUUUAAUUUAAAGAAGAAUAAGGAACAAACAGUCAUAUAGCCUAACCUAUGAAGUAUGGCACUUAGGGAUGCACAUUUUGAAUAUAUAAUAUAAUAAAAUGCUAUUAAAUAGACAGUAACAUUUGUAAGUAAUGUUCACAACAUAGACGGGAAUGUUGUAAACGACUUGUGAAAUUCACUAAUAAUUCAUAAAUCCUUUGGGAUAUUUUCAGUUUAUAUUCUAUUAGAUACAACCAUCAGUGCUGUAUCAGAACUAGUGGUUGUAUCUAAUGAGCAUUUUCAUUGUAAGACGGUUUAUAUAGGGUUUUUACAUGAUAUUCGUGUUACCUGAUUUCUGAAAUUGGAUUGGUUUGAACCCUCAUUAAUUGUUCAUGGUUUUACAAUGUUUUCUCAAUAAUGCCUUGGUUAUGGAUUUAUGUGUAUAUCAUUAUUGUAUAUAAAGUGAUUGGGUACACUAAAAAAGAAAGAGAUUCACUUAAGGGAAUGACAUGGAUUGAAAUAGGAAAAUAUUACGCCUAAGUAAGGGCUCCUUACUCGAAAGGGUUGCAAAAAGCUAAAAUGUUAAUAGGAAUUUCCUUUGUGAAAAAAUUGAAAUUGAUGUAUACAUGUAAUACCAGAAUUUAAAACACUGGGAAUGGGAAGUAGGAUGACUAAAAGGGAGAAAUAUUGGAAAUUGAAUCUGGACACUACUUCCUUUGGGGUUUCGUAACUAGACGAAUUUUAAAUACAUGUAAAGUAAAACUGCUAAUCACAGUGGUUCCUUAGAGUAGCUCUUACUCCACUGGAUUCGAAUUGAAAUUUAGAAGUUGUUUGAUAACCUUAAGUAAAAGAGAAACAAAAAAUGAUAAAAAAGAUGUAGUAAGAAAGCGCUAUGUUAAAUACAGAGACAAACAUGGAAACACUUAACAGUAAACGAAAUCUUAAAAAAG